CUGAAGAAGGGAGACCGCAGAAGAGAGACUGCAGAAGAGUGACUGCAGAAGCAAGCUGAUGCAGUGCAGGGCUGCCGAUUUCGCUUUUUCUCCCUUUUUUACUGCGUGAAAAUGUGGCAGGUUCAUCAUUAUAUUUGAUCGAUAUUUGCCAAUACCUCCACCAGCGUACAAGAUAAUUUUGAAACGACGUGCGACGUAUGUACGUGCCUCCCAGGUGCAUACAUUACCGACAUCGUCUUGCUUCAUGCACCAUGCUUUACCCCAUCGACUUUCACCGGCUCUUUCAGGAAUACCUCUUGCGUGCCCGCGGACACCGAUAUGCCCACCAUCGUUUACCAGCGCGUUCACCCUUCUGGCCAUCCGGAUCAUAUGCCGAAUCAAACGCUCGAGACGAAGGACUUACAUAUGUACCCAACGAUUUGCCACAAACCGAUCCGAUUCCCCCCGUCAUGUGACGUCCUAUCCAAGUAUUACCGAGGACAAACCGCCUAUCCCCGCCAGACAGAUUCGUAUCCCAGCAGGACAGCAGCGCACCCAUUGCAAGACCCGAAUCGCACAAGCCAUCGUCAUCCUUUGACCUGGCCAUCGACAACAAGGACUUUGACUAUGGCAACCAAGGGAUUGGGGGGCAACUAGACUGCAUAGAUCUCGUUGUUGUUAGGUUUACGGAGAUACGCGUCCAUAUAUUAGGAUAGUAGAUUCAAAUGUUCUCCACUUGUAUAUAUAUUUAUACUAACGUAUCCUAUGCUAAGCUAAGAUCUGAUGAAUAAAAUGAUUGAAAACUCA